UUGACAAGUUUACAUUUUUGCUUGACAUUUUGAAUUCUCUUUGCAUGUUUGGUCUGAGUCAUAUAAAAACUUAGAAUUAACCGAUAAACUUAAAAAUGGAACUUCAAGACAUCUAUUACAAUAAGUCUGAAUACGUGGAGACUGCUUCCGGAAACAAAGUAAGCAGGCAAACCGUACUCUGUGGAUCUCAAAACAUUGUUUUACACGGCAAGGUGAUAGUACAGAGUGAUGCUAUCAUAAGAGGCGACUUGGCAAAUGUAAAAACAGGAAGAUUCUGUAUAAUUAGCAAAGGGUCUGUCAUACGGCCUCCUUUCAAGAAAUUCAGCAAAGGUGUGGCGUUCUUCCCGCUUCAGAUGGGCGACCAUGUGUUUGUUGGUGAAAAUACAGUAGUCAAUGCUGCUGUUGUAGGAUCUUAUGUUUACAUUGGAAAAAAUGUUGUUGUUGGCAGGAGAUGUGUUCUGAAAGACUGCUGCAUGAUAGAAGACAACUCAGUCCUGCCAGCCGAAACUGUUGUACCAUCAUUUGCACGAUAUUCUGGCAGCCCUGCAAAGCUCAUCACCACAUUACCAGAAGCAUUGCCUGACCUGAUGACUGAAUUUACCAAGAGUUAUUACCAACACUUCUUACCAACCACUGUUAAUUAGUGGCAUGUAAUGUGAAGAAAUAAUAUAGUUUUAAGCUUAAUUAUUAUGUA